CGACGCCUUGGUAUCUGCGGGACUGUGGCGUUUAGUGCAUUAGCGGAUCUUGGGGGUGGCAUGCCAACUGCUCUGAAGAUCUUUCUCUCAUACUGAUCCCUGUUGUCAAGAACAGGAGCAAUGCCACUCCCAAUGCCUCAUCCUGUUUUAAAAACUGAAAACAUGAAUGCUGUUGAUGAAAAAAGUGAUCAGAUUUAUGAGGACUUUCAAGAAAUGUGCUUUGAUCUCAAUAUGGACAAGUUUACUGCAAGGGAUGCAUGGAACAGCUACUGCCAAGUAAAGCAGAACUACUCACUAGAGGGCAAAAAGCUGCACUGGCUGGCAUGCGCACUGUACGUGUCUUGCCGGCGAGGCUCCGUGCCGACCGUCGGACACCACCUGGCCCCGAUGCAGGGCAAUUUUAUCAGCCUCACCAGGCUGCUUAGGUUCGCCCAGUUCAGUUUGCUUGAGUUUUUCGACAAGUCCAAGAAGUGGGCAGAGAUGUCCAACCUGCCCCACCCGUUCCAAAGGAAUCUAGACGCCCUGGAGAGGAACUUUGCUGUGACAACGUUUUUAUUCAACUAUUACGAGCCUAUGUUCAAGAAGAUAUACACCGAUCCUGCCGACGAUCCGCCUCGCCCGCCCAAGUCCAGGAAGCAGAGGCGGGGCGCCUGCACGGCCAGCGACGCGUUCGAGUUCACCUGGACGCUGUUCGUGCUGGUCAAGUCGACCAUCCCGUCCGUGUCGUCCGACCUGGUCAGCACGUACCACCUGCUGCUGGCCUGCGUCGACUACAUGUUCGGCGUAACGGUGGCGGCCGACCGGCGCGACCUGCUGAACAGGAGCUCGCCCGCACUGCCGGAAAACUUCAACUCGCGCGACUACGAGCCGCCGGCCGACGUGCCCUGCAUCCUCGAGUACCUCUGCUCCCAGUUCAACGGCCUCAUCAUCGAGGCCAAGAGCAUUCGGCGGCACGUCUGGAAGGAGAAGAUCGUCCAGAUGUUCGCGAGCAAGACGCUGCACGGUGACCCGGCCUCGCUGACCGGCAUCUUGGACCUGGAGCCGUUCGAGCUGAACUGGAAGAGCGUCAACAAGCGCUACGAGGAGUACCUGCUGACGUGCGGCAACUUUGACGAGCGCACGUUCCUGGGCGAGCGGGCCGGCCAGGAGAUCGGCACGCCCAGCAAGGCCAACAACUACAGCGUAACGGCCGGCGACCUGGCCGAGCGUAUCCACGUGCGGCGCAACCUCAUGCUCACCCAGAACAAGAACGUGCUGAUGCCGUCGACGCCGCUGACGGGGCGCGGCUACUUGCGGGCCGAGCCGGCGCCGGCCAACUCGUCGCCCACGCCCAUCACGGCCUCCAUGUACAGCGUGAGCCGGCUGCAGGCGCUGCUGGACGGCCGCCGGCCGGCGCCCAGUCCCCAGCUGGCCGCCCUGUUCAGCUCGUGCUCACCGGAUCCGACCGAGACAAUCGCGACGCUGGUGGCCGAGUUUAAGGCCGAGUUCAGCGCCGCCUGCGCCGGCGCCGUGGACGGGGCCGACGCGCCCGACCUGGUGGACCGGCGCUUCCACAUGGCCGCCUGCUUCUUCUACAAGACGCUGGAGAGCGUGCUGCUGUCGGAGCGCCGGAGGAAGCCCGACAUCAACCUGCUGGUGCUCCUGGACCAGAGCGUGUUCCACCGCUGCCUGCUGGCCUGCAGCCUGGAGAUCGUGCUCUUCAGCUACAACACGGCGCCGCUCGAGUUCCCCUGGCUGCUCGAGGCGCUCAACAUCGAGCCGUACGACUUCUACAAGCUGCUGGAGAUCAUCAUCCGCGAGGAGCAGGGCCUCUGUCGGGACGUGAUCAAGCACCUGAACAAGGUGGAGGAGCAUAUCCUGGACUCGAUGGCGUGGCGCCGCUGCUCCCGGCUGUGGACGGUCAUCGAGGCGGCCGGCACCGGCAACAUCCCCACCAGCGAGACGGUGACGCCUCACCUGCAGGAGGCGGCGGGUGCGGCCGCCUCGUCGGCCGGCACCACUCUGCUGUCGCCCGCGCCGCACAACCCCACCGUGCGCCGCCUGUUCGUCACCUACAGCAGCCGGUCGGCGGCCAAGAACCCGCAGCAGUCGCCCUUGUCCAGCGCCACGGAGCGCUUCAUGUCGCCGGUGGUGCCGUCCAGCGCGCGGCGCCGCCUCUUCGUGGCCGGGCCGCGCCAGGGCGUCCGCGGCGAGCAGCCGGCGGUGACGGUGAGUCCGGCCCUGGAGCGGCGCGUGCGCACCUACUCGCUGAUCACGCCGACGCCGACGCCGGCGCCAACGUUGAUGCCGACGCCGACGUCGGUGCAAACGCCGACGCCCGGUGCCGACACGCCGCCGAUGAGGCCCAAGCAGAACUCGCUCGGCCUGUUCUUCCGCAAGUUCUACUACCUGGCGUCGGUGCGCAUCCGCGACCUGUGCGAGCGGCUGAAGCUGAUGGAGGACGUGCGCGAGACCAUCUGGACCGUGUUCGAGUUCGUGAUCGUGCACCACGUGACCGUGAUGCAGGGCCGACACCUGGAUCAGCUCAUCAUGUCCGCCAUCUUCGUUGUCUGCAAGGCGUUCGGCAUGAACAAGAAGUUCACGGACAUCAUGGGCAUGUACCGGUGCCAGCCGCAGGCCAAGUCUCACGUGUACCGCUCGGUGCUGCUCGGCGUCAACCAGAAGACGGAUGGCGCCGGCGGCGAGGAACGGCUCCGGCCGGUCCCGGCGCCCCUCUGCCCGCCGACGCCCUCGCGCAUGGCCGGCACGGCGACCAGCUACGAGUUCGAGGACCGCAACGAGGAGCGUGGCGACAUCAUCCAGUUCUACAACCAGGUGUUCGUCGUCAAGGUCAAGGCAUUCGUCAGCAAGUUCUCCAAGAGUGACGGCAAGCCGCCGCUGUCGCCUCUGCCGUCGCCGCGUCUCAGCCCGCUGCCGCUCAGCCGUAAGGUGUCGGCCAAACACUCCAUCUACAUCAGCCCGCUGAAGCAGUCGCCUGGACGCUUUGGCGAGCGCGGCAACGUCCGCUCCUACAGCUUCAACCGCUCGCCGGCGCACGAGCUACGAUCCAUCAACGCCAUGGUGAAGCCGUCGCCGCUGCCGGCGGUCGAGGCCGGCAAGCGCCUGCGGCCCCUGCUGGAGCCGGCCGGCGCCGACGAGUCCGAGCCCAAGCGGUACAAGGCGCGCCUGCGCGACGUCCUCGACCAGCGGCAGGCCAACGUCGGCGAGUGACGUCACCCGGCCGCUGGGGAGUGACGUCACGGGAGGCGCGCCUCCGCGACGGGCUGUGCCAACGACAGGAGAGCGUCGGCGAGUGACGUCACCCGACCACUGGGAAGUGGCGCCAUGCUUAGUGUCUGUGUUGCGUCCUUGUGUCAGCGGCACGCGCCCGUGGGCUGUGUGAGCUGUAUAAUGCGCUGCGUGCGCCCACAGACAGUCGGACCGCGUGCUCAUCGCGUGCUUUUGGGAUCUUGUCUAGCCCGGAUCAUUUGUAACGGAUUGGUUUGUAACGGGAGCGGUGUCAAGUGUUGGCGAUGCGUUUUUAGAUCACAGAGAAGAUCAGGUUUACGUAAUGCGAUUAUCUUCAGGCUGUUGUUCAGUUUCCGUUUGGCGUAACGGAUGUUUACACCCGUCUAUGGUAAAUGGUGUAGAUUGAAAUGUGUGAGGAUGACUAGCAUGGGAUGUGUGCGUUUGUAGGUUUUCCCCGUGUCAUUUUAGGUGUCUUCCAUUUGUUCAUCAUCAGGCGACUUAUUGCGCAGGCUUGGCUUUCAGGUAACGGUGUUUUUGUGAAGCAUUGUGUUGUCUGAUGUAUCAUAAUAAGCAGGCCGUUUUGAUCAUUUGUGACGGCUACGGCGUUUUUACUCCGGCUCGGUGUGCGGACGGGAACUAUGACCACCGCCGGAGGCAUCACGCCCGCUUCUGUUGCCGCCGACUGAGACCGGGCGCACCGCUGGCGACCUCAGCGGCUCCACUCAGUGGCGGUCGGCGGUUCUGGAGCCCGCCCGCGGGGGCCGGCCGCGGCGCCUCUGGCGGUGUCUGCCAGACGGGCGGGUCAGGGCGCCGAGGCGCUGCGUCUGCCCGGCGGUGGGGAGCGGUGCCCGAGCACCCUCCGUCAGCAGCCGCGCGCUCUCGGUGAGACGGAGGAUGCCCGCCGCGAUGCUGGUGACCUUCUCGCGGCGAGGUGCUGGGCAGCCAGCGGGCCCCGCCGCCGUGGUGGCUGUUGGCUGACCCCGCGCGAGGGUCCGCCCGGGAGUGAACGGGCCGCCGCUCAUGACGGGCUCGCCUACCGCCGCUCCGGUGUCGGCGCCGAUGCCGGUGGGCGGCGGAGGAGGCGGCCCACGGAGUGACGUCGCCGCCCUCCCACGGCGGCGACCUCCUGAUCCGAAACCCGUCGGAGCUGGCUGUCACGCGCGCGUCAAUCACCAUUCAGUUUGAGUCGUCCGCUGUCGGUCGCACACUGGCGUGUGUUUCUGUUAACCGCUGUGUGUGAGAGGAUCUCCCCUGCGGCCGCCACCCGUUUGCACGUUUUCAGCUCUGCUGCGCCGGGCGACUGGCUGGACCAUCCGGUGCCGCGCGAGCCCGGAGCGGCAGCUAAGUGGUGUCGCGUCAUUGGUCGGUUGAAUGUCUCGUCUCGUCUCGUCUGUCCGUUAGCCUUUUUCCGUGCGUCGGCUGUCUGUCUGUGCUGGGUUGGAAUGCUGCGUAGUAACUUCAAUAUCGGUUGGAAUGCUGCGUAGUGUCUUUAAUGUCGGUUGGGAUGCUGCACAGUGUCUUGGUGUUGUAAGGCUCUUCUCCAUACCGGGCCUGAUCUGCACUGUAGUUAUUUGUCCGGAAAGGCGCUUUUGUAUAACUAGCUACUUGAUGCACCAUUGUACCCCGGCAGUGCUGUGAGUUACUGAGUUAACCGAAAUGCAAACACGAUCGUACAAUACAACAC